UCGAGGUGGAGCGUAGAGAAGGACGGAAUGAAAAAUAAAUAUGCUACCCGAAAGGGAGCUUUGUUUUUUGGGGUGAUUGUAUCAUCAAUAUGGAAAAUAGGAUCAGCGGAAGAAUGCAGUUUCGAGCCCGUGAAAUUGAGUAUUUUCAGAGAUGGCACAUCCAACGUGGAUGUGGACAUAGAAAAUCAGAUGGACCAUUUAGCGAAGAACAUUACUUCGGGAGUUCCCAACGAAUCCACUAUCUUCGUUAACUCACUAGGUGAUCAAGUAGUCGAGCUUGUUUCAUUUAACAAAACAGGUCUUGAUUUAAGCUGGGUAAAAAAAUGGUCCAUUCGCAAAGAAGUGAAACAGUUUGGUGACACUCUAUCUGCCCUAGCCUUAAGCAAUGAAUUAAAUGCAAGAUAUUCCGUCAAUCAGUAUAAAUCUAGAGCAGAAAUGGUAAUUUUACUAGUCAGUGACACAAGCAAACUAGACGCUCUUCCUAGUUUACUUGCUAAAAAGAAGACCUUUGUUGUGGUAUUUGGGUCUUCUAUUCCGAAUAUCUACAACUCCACAGCAAGUCGCGAGGAUCAUCUGUACCUCGUUAGAAACAAGGAUGAACUUGAAGCGGUCACUGUCAGAAUACUGGAACAGCUAGCGUGUGAUUCCAGAUUCUACUGUGACACGGAUAUGUACAGUCUGAAGAAAGGUUCUAGGUGCAAAAACUGUUCCGUUCCUUGUGGCGAUGAUCUAACAAAGCGAACAAAAACCUGUGAAACACGAUGUCCGUUUAUACGACGGACGUCCAGUAAAGAAGAUCUGGAACAGAAACCGAGUAUGUCACCAGUUGCGGAAGUAGACACUGUUAUAGAAGACAAUAAAGAGGUGGUGGUAGCUGUCGUUAUUGGCGUUUUUUGCGUUUUUUGCGGUCUUCUUAUAUUCGGUAUUGUAUGGUGCAUGUACAAAAAGCAAAAGAAGCGUCCGCUGACACCAGUCCCUUCGGAAGUUACUCUGCCAAAAACCCUAGCACCCAUUGGACUAGACUUUGACAAAAUGCCGGUUGAAGAAAGCGGAAUGGUAAGGAUGCUUCAUCACAAGAACAAGCAACAUUACUGUCCGAUGUCCAAUCCGCCCAGACAGAUGUACAUGAUCCGACCCAGAGAAAGAGUGAAGGUGAAGCAUCGAUUAAUUCUGCUGAAGAUGUGGAUACAUGUAACAUGGUAUUGCCCUUAAAGGACAAACGAACAAUGGACCUGAAUGCACACUAUUCCGGGGAGAAUGUGGUUUUCUUGCACAAAUCAAGAAGAGGAGAGGGAGCAAGGCCCAUAACUGGUCAGGAAGAAGCGUAGAUUAAUCGUUGGUCAUUUAUAAUGACAUCGUAUGUAAGACAAAACUAUACAAACCUUGAUUUUCAGCAUUCCCUAAUCGAUGAGAUUUGAUGGUUGUAAAAGAGCUUUACUAUGUGUAAGCCUCAUAUUCGAUUGCUUUAUGAACAGAACUUUUGAUAAUAACUUGCGUGUAACAUGUAUGAUAUAUUACUCAUGUAUAUAAGUUGUUUGCAUUAAAUGAGAUACUGAUUUCUCAGUAUUUAGUAACCACUGUUUUUGGAAAAGAAUUCGAUAUCAAAUGGAAAGAAAUUUUUAAGACAGAAAAUAUAUUUUCAGUAAUUAUUAAUAGAAAGUAAUGCAAGUAUAUAUAUUUGUAUUCCAGUAGUUAUUUACAAAAGUGCACAUAAAAGCGAUGUGUACUAGUACAAAUAUGAUUUAAAACAGAUUGACUCGGCCUGGUAUAAAUCAAACUUGAAAAAUAUGAUUAUUUGCAUGUGACUGACGUUAUUUUCUGUCAUAAAAUAAGUCAUUGGGGGGGGGGGAGGAAUGGACGAAUCGUGUGAUGGCGCGUGCGUCUGUCUGUCCGUCUUUGUGUCCAGAGCAUAACUUUAUAACCAUUUAAGGUAUUGACUUUAAACUAAGCAUGUAGGUAGAUGGUGGUGAGACGACGUGCAGAGCGCUUUAACCGGCUCAAGGUCAAAAGUCAAGGUCACAAAUUGAGCUCAAAGGUCAAAACUGUCCAUAUUUUGUUCCUGGACCGUAACUAAAUAAUCAUGCAAGGUAUUGACUUCAAACUUGACUUGUAGAUAGGUGGCGAUGAGACAAUAUACAGAGCAUUAAAACCGGGCGUGUAAGUCAAAGGUCAAGGUCAUAAAUUGAGCUCAAAUGUCAAUUUGUCCGUUUUAUUUCAUGUCCGGAGCAUAGCUUAUUAACCGUUCAAGGUAUCGACUUCAAACUUGGCAUGUACGUAGGUAGUGAUGAGACAAUGUGCAGAUAACACGAACCCCGUUUGCAGGUUUAAUGUCCAGGCCACAGACUGAGCUCAAAGGUCAAAUCUGUUCAUCAUAUUUAGUGUCCGCAGCGUAACUAAUUAUUAAGCAUGCAAGGUAUUGACUUCGGAUGUAAGUAGGUGGUGAUGAGACUAUGUGCAGAGUGCAUGAACCAGAAUGGUAGGUCAAAGUUCAAGGUCACAGCAAGGUCAUAUCCGCCCAUCAUAUUUCGUGUCCAGAGCAUUACUUAAAAUAUCAAAAGUAUUGACUUGAAGCUUGGAAUAUAGGCAGGUGGUGAUGAGACAAUGUGCAUACUGUAACAAUUUACAUUACACUCCCAGUUAACCCCCUUCCCCCCCCCCCCACCCCACACACACACAAUAUAUAUAUAUAUAAUUCGUUUAGUUUCUUGCCCUUUCGUAUCUUGUCAUCACCACCGCAAACACACACACACACACACACACACACACUCUGCUUCCGCCCACCCAAUCCCAACACCUCCCUGAAAAACAAGGGUUUUUUUUAAAAAUAUUGCUUCCGUCCUCCUCUGAUAUACCCGUCGGGCGUAUAUUGCCCCGCUUGGUGGAGCUCUUAUUGUUUUUAUCUUAAGGCAUGGAUCUUGCAUCCUAAAGAUUCAAAUCAAUAGGCUGAGAAUACUUUGACUGAUUGCCUGAACAUUCAUAUGAUGACUGUAUAGCUAAAUAGGAGCCCAGUCUAUCAUUUGGGGUAUACACGCUUAAACACAAUGGUUAUUUUUACAGGACAUAAUGUAAGAAUAUAUAGUCAGAAGUUAACGAAAACUCAAUACAACAAGGUCCUUUUAGUGAAAGUCUGAGAAAUCUUUAUCUCAUUCUGCUGAUUUUAUAGUAAUAGUGGAAAUGUUUUGAAAUAUAAUCUGUACUCUGUUUAUAUUGUAAAUACAUGUUGAAUGAUACUUUAUUCGAAUGCAAGAAGCUGCUGCAUCAUUCAAUCUUUCAAACUGCCAUUCAAACGUUUUUGUUCCACUUAGAGUACGUGUUUAUUAAAGUUUUUGAAAGAAUAUUAUUAUUUUCCAUUUUAUAUAUUAAUAUAAUGAUUAGAUUCUGAAGAUAUAUAUUAUUCUAACUAUUUUUAUACAAAGACAUUGAAUAUGAUAGUAAUAUACUCAGGUUGCUUUCUCAAAACUUUAUAUAUAUUACACCAAUUUACAGUUGUUCUUUUAUCAUUGCUAAUCAGAUUUGAAAAUAAGACACUAACCAACAAAACAUUUGGAUGGCAGUUAUUUUCCAGCACCUUACUGUUAUUCCCAUCUCCUCAAUUCAUAAAGUUUAUUGGUAUGCAAGUUCUUCUUCUACUUCUUUUUCUUUAGACCUGUCUUAUCUCUUUGUUAUAGAAUGCUGGAUUUAUUGUAGACUUUUAUCGUAUUUCGUUUUAAUUAAGAACCAUUAAAUAUAUGGGGGCAUUCAGUUUUUUUUAAGAUGGACAUAAUGGUGUGAGUUGUGAUAUGAUAUUGUGUAUACCAGGAAGAAAGUGAUGUUUGUUUGUUGAUGGAUGAAUGUAUGUCCAAUCUAUACUUUGCUUUUUGAUUUUUGUAUCAGGAAUAAGUUAUGUUUAAGGGGUAUUUAUCAAAUAUAGAUCUUAAUACAUACCUUUAGGAAAGUUGAACGAUUUCAACUAUCUGAUUCCAAUUAAUAUGCAAUAACGUCAAAAUAGUGUGCACAGGCAGACUGAGACAGUUCUAUAAAAUGAAUUACGACAUUUACUUUAAAAUUAGAUAAUCUUUAUCAAAAUGUAUAUAUCGGGCAUUUAAAAAUAACCGAAUGAUAGAAAACAAGAUAUUUGUUAACACCUUUACAGAAGGCUGAAUUUUAUCUUUUUCUUUUUUCAAAUCAUUACUGUUGUAUUUUGCUAAAAGAUCAUAUCAAAGAGUAUACAUAAAUACCGUGUACAGGUGAUCUCAUUCUUACUUAAGCGCUGUGAGUAAGUCCGUUUAUGACAUAGACUAAAAAAGCUAAUACAUUUUUAUUUUUAUAUCUGUUACAUAAUAACACAAAUAUAAAGCAAUUUGUAGUAUAGAUUUAUAAUUGCCCAGAAAAAUGUCCAUUGUGUCGUUUCUUUCGGCCUUUCGACUUCGAAAGAAAUUGGCAAUUAAUUUUUACAGUAGUUUUAAAACGAUUCCAUAGUUUGGCUGGUAACAAAAUACUUAAAUACUGAUUUUCAUGUAGAUCGUUUGUGUUAACACUAUUUGAAUGGUUUUGAAAUAUUUCGAUGAAUAUGGUACUUGCAUUCGUUCAGGUUUCUUAAAGGCACAUAUUACGAUCUAUACUUGAAGAAUAUUAUCUUAAAUAUGAGUUAUCCCAACUUUAUGUCAGUGAGGAGAUGGGUUAUGUGGUAAUCAUACAUGUUUUAUUAUUACUGAUGAGAGUUUGUUCAAUUUAUUUUUGUUAGGAGGAAUGUGUUUGAUUCGAAGUGGUUAUGUCUAAGAAGUAAAUGUGGUAUGAAUAUGAGUUUGAUAAUUUUCUCAUAAAUUUACUCUACAUUUCAUGUAUUUGUACUGAUAUCAUUGUUUAAUUCUUACAUAUUAAUGUCCUCGGUUUCAAAAGCCAGGAAGGCAUGUACUGUUUGAUCUGUACGUCCGUAAGUUCGUCGGUCACACUUGUAUACUCAACUCCCCUACAAUUUUAUUCUAUUCAAAUGAAACUCGGUAUAUUUCACCAACAUGAAGCAGAAAUGCAUAACUGCAUAUAGUAUAGAGACUUCCAUGUCAGACUUUUUUCUUCCCGAGCCCUUUUUGAACUUUGAAACGUCGUUUUAUCAAGCGUUUUCAGGAUACAUAAUUAUAUCAUUAUUUGAAUUAAUUUUGAACAGCAGCCUACCACCAAAUCAUCAUUAAUGUAAACAUUACUGUACUUAUACAUUGAAAAUAUAAUUAGUGAUCUAUAUCAAGAGUCAGGUUUUGAUAGUGCGAAAAUGUUUUCUGUAUGCAGCCUUUUCCAUAUCACAGCAUCCUUGGAUUAUACUCUAUUUUGUUCAGACGGCCCAGUUUAUUAGAGGCAACCAGAAUUAAAAGUAGAAAAGGCUUUAAACAAUUUCUCAUGAACUGUAUGAGACAUUUCCGCUAAUUUUGGUCUGUUGUAUCCUUGGAUAAAACUUUUUAAAUUUUAUCUAAAUGUUUACGCUUGACUAAAGAUAGGAGCUGUCAUAAAAUGUUUAAACAAUUCGUGCUCAUGAUCUUUACGGAUCAAACCUGGUCUAUUGCACCCUUGGUUGGACCUCUCUCAUAUUUGAUGUAUUGGUUAUGCAUUUUGGGGCGUCACAGCAAAAGAAAAAGAAAAAAGCUUCAGAUUACUUUUAAUAAACUAAAUGGAUGUUCACUGAACUUGGCAGAAGCAAUGUCAAAAGGUUCAAGUCCUCUUCAGGUGAGCGACUUAGGCCAUUUGAGCUUUUUGCUGCCAAAAAUAUAGCGACGAAUAAUUACUGUUUUAAUGUUAAUUAUUUUCUGAAGGGUUUUAACACUUCAAGCAUCCAAAGGUACAAUGUUAAUAUAGUGUUUUCAAACAUUUCAACCGAGUGUAAAUUUAUUUACACUUGACAAGUGAAUGUCAUUAGUAAAUCAUUUUUGUUUCGCGGUGCGCCAUAGAACUAAAUUACCAAAGCUUUGUGAUUUCCUAAUCUGCCCGUUUAGCUCAGUUGGGGAGGGUCGCAGGUCGUGAAUUCGAUCCCCGGGCGAGGCGGAUGUUCUCCAUGACGAUUUGAUAGACAUGUCUAAAAAUCAUUCGUCUUCCAUCCCUGAUUCAUGUGGAAAAAUGACUGUUACUUGCAGAGAGCAGGUUAGUACUGGUACAGAAUCAAGGAACACUGGUCUGGUAAGGCUUAACUUGUAUGCACAUUUGCUUAUUUCGCUCAUCUGAAAGUGGAUAUUUAAACUGUUCUAUUUUUGUACAACUAAUGUAGUCAAAUUCAUGUGAAAAAAAGUUACAAGCUAUUAUUGCAGUAUGUAUUUUUUAUUUUCUGUAUAUCACUGAGUUUUGUAGACAUUCUCACCGUAUUAUUCAAAAAGAAAUUCUUAAUGUAUUUAUUUGAUGCAGAGUAUUCAGUCCUUUUUUCUUUUUCUUUUGAAAUUCUUGAAAGCUUUAUUCAGAUGAGGAAAGAAGCGCCAUACGCUUCGGCCAAAUAUUGCAUUUACAAUACCUGUUCAAAAGAACAUUUAAGAAAAUUUGCUAAAAAUUAAGAUUAUACAAAUGUAAAUAAAACACUGUUAGCCAAAAACAAAGUUGUUCGAAACUUUAACAGUUGAUUAAGCUAACAGUCGAUUAUCUUUUAAAGUAAUAUUUCGACAUUUUAGAAAACUUAGAAAAACAAAUGUAUGGCUUAAGGGUUAUGAACACUAAAACGUCUUUACAGAAAAAUUGAAACAUCUUUCUAGUGUUUCCCAUCAAAACUAGUAUUUUGACUCAAAAUUUAACAGGCGAUUAGUUUAACAGUCUGUUAAAGUUUCGAACAACUGAGCUCAGCCAUGCCUCCUUUCAGUUGAGUUACAUUCCCUUGAAAAAAUCUGCAUUUUUGGAGAUUUGCUUUCUUGUAACAUUGAAGUAUCAAACGCAUAUAAGUAUGAGCAAGAGUAUGUUUUCAGUUUCGUUUUUUUUUUUUUUUUUUUUUGAAUGACUGCUUUUGGCAUGUAUCUCUUAGCUUUAUCUGUUAUCUGUGAAGAAGUCAAGCAUUUUUUCCCCGACAAACUUGAAAUUGUAGUUAAUUCUCGAAUCUCGGAAAGCCUAAUCACUGAGCCCAAUUUUAGGAAAUAAAUUGAAACGUUUUAAUGUUUUACGCAUAAAUUGUUUGUCUGACUGCAUAUACGUAUAAUUCUGUGUUUUAAGAGAUGUUGAGAUCUCACACAGGUACCUGUCUACCCUUAACUUUUCAUUUUAUUCUAGAACGUGUAAGAUUUUUGAUGUAAUAUAGCAUUUUUCGCACAAUUUAGCUAAAAUAGUAGGGCCUUCAAUACCUUUGUUGAGAUUUCAACCUGUCUAUAUUGCAGUGUGUGUGUGUGCGCGCGCGUGUAUGCGUGCUUGCGUGUGUGCGCGCGACACGAGCUCACAAAAACGUACUUCAAGUCAUAUAGAAUUCAAUGGAUUUUUUAUUUGGUACAUAAGAAAUUUCUCAAAUUAUUUGUGUCAAUUCAUAAAUUUUAUAUGGAACAUUAGGGUAAGAAAGAUUCAGCAUAAUUAUUAUACUUAUCCGUAUUAGAAUUAUAGCGAUUUUUACAUAGUUAUUAUUUUUAUUAAGUCUAUAUUUAUAGUCCUUUUUUUCCAUUGGUUUACGUCGUAUCAAGACGUAGACGGAGCCACAAAAUCAUGUUUUUGACCUGCAUUGAUAUCAUAACAUUUUCACGUCAUAAGAUUGUGACGCCUUACAAAGUUUUACACCAAAACCAGGGUCAAAAAUGUCAAAACGCUGUUAAUGUUUGGAUAUGAUUAACACUUUUUUCUCAACUCAGUUCGAGAGUCGUUAGAUUUAAUAGCAAAACAUUUGUUACCUUUUAGGUUCGGUAAAAAUGUGAAUUUAUCGACUUAAGAAAAGUGGUAUCAACUUUGGGAUAUGUCAUCUGUCAAUACCAUUUUUUGGAGGUUUAUACAUCUUUAUGCCAGCCGUACUGAAAGGGAAUAAUUAUAGAAUGUCAGUAAAAAAUAUUUUCUACAUGUGUGCUGAACAUGAUUAAGUAAUUUUAGAAAAGUAUAUUUAACAAAACUGAUAACGUUCUCUUGUUAAUGAAUAAUAUACAUGUAGUACUUUUAGAACUGGCAAUUAACUAUACCCCGGUAAAUGUACGAGGAACACAAGUUUAAAUUACAAAAUACUUGACUUGAAAUACGGAUUUUGUGGGUUCAACUAAGUAGACUUAAUUGUAUAUUAUUUUCUAAUUAUGUUUUGUGUGUGUGAAAUGCUUAUUUUAUAUACUCAUUAAAAUAUUUAAGAUA